AUGGUGGUUAAGGCAGGAAAUAUUUAUACAAAAGCAAUAUUUGAGGAUUUCCAAGCUCAGUAUAUCAAAUCACUUGAAUUAGACAUGAUAUCUUGUGAGGAAGAUGGUGAUGAUUUGGUGUAUACAGUUGUCCUACAUGGUAACUUGAAAGAGCGACGUGUUAGAAAACAGAAAGAUGGUGAUGUCUCUUGUAGUUGUAGGUUGUUUGAGAUGAAAGGUUUCUUGUGCAGCCAUGCACUGAAAAUUCUUACUAAUUACAUGAAUGUCAAAGAAAUUCCUAACCAGUAUAUUUUAAAAAGGUGGACAAGAAAAGCAAGAUCUGAAAGUGUGAAAGAUAUGCACGGAUGUGACAUCCAGACAGAUGUGAAACUACAACAAACAUCUCGAUAUAGGUCUUUAUGUUCCAUGUUUACCAAGAUAUCAUCUCGAGCUGCUGAGAUUGAAGAAACAUAUAAGAUUUCUGUUAGUCAUUUGAAUCAACUAAGCAAAACCAUUGAAGACAUUUUAAGUUCAAAAAUGGAUGGUUAA